AUGGAAAUUGGGUAUGGCCAGGUGGCCAAACUUGUGACCAAGAUUAAUUAUGUUAGCCAUAUUAUUAAGUAUUAUGGGUAUGCUCAAGAAUGAGCUGAACUUUUCAAGCUCCUCUGAAAAGAUUCUCAAAAAGAGUGGAAUGAUAAUCAGAAAGCCAUAGUCAAUGUGAUCAUGCAUAAUGAAGAAUGUAAGAUGACCAUGGAUCUCAAAGAAAUUAGGAACGAAAAAGUCUUCGAAUAUUUGCUUAAAGGAGAUAAGUUCAAUUAUUACUCAAUAAUGGCCACAGUAUGCAGAAGGUCAAGAUAUAAGAGCCUUACCAAGUUUAUUGAAAAUGCAAUUCAAAGAAAUACAGAGUUAGGCAUUGAGAAUAAAAAUCUGUUCAAUUCUAUUUUCCUUGAUUGAUCUUUAUAUUUCUUCGAGAUGAAGAAAUUCAUUGAAGAUUAUGAUCAGUCAGGACUAAACUUAGACAAACUUUACUUUAAGUAUACUCAUAGCCUUCUAGAAAGUGUUGCUGAUGGACUUGAAAAAUAUGAACUACCUUUUAUAUACAUUGACGAAUUCUAUCCCAAUCGUGUAAAAUCAUUAGAUCUCUUCGAUAAAUGAAUGGCAAUGAAGAUCUUCAGACCUUGUAAGAUUACCCAAGACCAUCUCAGUAAAUAGCUACAAAAAUCUAAAACUUGAAUAUCCGAUGAUACAUGAUAUCUGAGAAUUACUUGGAGAAGAUCCUUUUCAAAAUACUUGAUGAAAAACUCUAACUUUUCAACUUCAUGACUUAAUGUUUGGAGAAGACGAUUAUUUCAAUCUUGAUACUUUGAAUAAGUUCUGAGGAUACUUCCCGAACUUAACCCGAUUUGAGUAUGACAAUGUUAUGGAUUUUUAACGUACUCAGUCAGAGAUUGCUUAUCAAAGAUUUAAGCCAAGGAUAUUCUAACCUUCAAAGAAUAAGUUCGUUCCAAUUUGGUACUGAAGUUUACGAAGAAGAUAGAUCAAUUGAAGUGAAGAAGUCAGAAGCAAAAUUUAUAAUUAAGACCAAACCAAGUGAAAAUAAUCCGGAAGGAUUCUGUGCCUUUCAAGCUGAUCAGUUAUGAUAUAUUGGAAAUUUUAAUGGACCUUUUGAUAAAUAAAGGAGAUAUUCUUAUGAUUAGGAUCAAGGAUAUGAUUUUGUCAGAGAAGUUAGAUUUUAUUGAAUUUAUUAGAAUACAACAGAAAAGCUGAAGAGCAGGAACAUUUGCAGAAGCUAUAAAUAGGAUUAAAGAAUUUGAAGAUGUCCAAGAAGGAAGUAUUUUCAUUCUUGAUAUCCCAGAAAUUAUUAUUAAAUCUGUCAGCAAAAAUAUAUAAAAAUAAAGAACAGUAUUCAGAACACAAGGCCUUCUUACUCCAUAACAGUAUUAUGUUAUAGAGAUACAAAUCCAAGAGUACCUUCACAAAUAAUAACCGAUCUCGAAGUUGAAAUUCUUUCAAAAAUUGAAGAGACUAUUUCAAAGCUUCAAUCACAACUAGUAUCAAUCUACUUCAUACCAGCCGCAUCACCACCCCCUACUAUCUUCCCAUCCACUAAACCCCUUAGCCCAGCCCCUUGCUUAACCCCUUGCCUCCUCACUUUACUCAGUGAGACCCAUCUACAAGAACUCAGGUGCAAACACUCUUUAUUAGACGACCUGCACACUUUUGACUUGUUCUGAGAAUUCUUAAGGCAGAACACUGCUUUAAGGGAUUUGUCACUGAAACUGAAGCAGAAGGGACAGUGUAAGAAAAUAUUAGAAGCAACACAAGAGAACUACAUCCUCAAAACCCUAAUCCUACAUUGCCCAAAGAUCACCACCGAAGAAACAAUCCUUGCAAAAUCCUUCACUGACCAAAGAAUAGCACUCGAAAUAAAGCUUAUCCAAAAAAACACACAGAUAUAUCCUCCCAAAAAGACUCCUUUCGUUACAUAUUACCCUGAGUUAUGCUAAUACCUUAUA